GCCAGGGCCUAAAGAUAGCUGUAAAGGGGCAAAGUAAAUCAAUUAACUCCAUGGUGUUCAUCUCUUGAUAUCAAAACUUCUUUCUUUACACGCUUCUCCUCUGAUCCUGUGGAGAUGAAAAUUGACAUCCAUAAUCAUAUUCUACCAAAAGAAUGGCCAGAUCUAAAAAAGAGAUUCGGCUAUGGAGGCUGGGUGCAGCUCCAACACCACAGCAAGGGAGAAGCGAAGAUGCUGAAAGAUGGGAAGGUUUUCAGGGUGGUCCAAGAGAACUGCUGGGAUCCAGAAGUCCGUAUUAGAGAAAUGGACCAAACAGGAGUGACCGUGCAAGCCCUUUCCACAGUUCCCGUCAUGUUUAGCUACUGGGCCAAACCUCAAGACACGUUAGACCUGUGCCAGUUUUUAAACAACGACUUAGCUGCCACUGUAGCGAGGCACCCCAGGAGGUUCGUGGGCCUGGGGUCGUUGCCCAUGCAGGCCCCGGAGCUGGCCGUCAAGGAGAUGGAGCGCUGUGUGAAGGAGCUGGGCUUCCCGGGGGUCCAGAUCGGCUCCCACGUCAACACGUGGGACCUGAAUGCGCAGGAACUCUUCCCUGUCUACGCAGCAGCUGAGAAGCUGAACUGUUCCCUAUUUGUGCACCCCUGGGACAUGCAGAUGGAUGGACGGAUGGCCAAAUACUGGCUCCCUUGGCUCGUAGGAAUGCCAGCAGAGACCACCACAGCCAUUUGCUCCAUGAUCAUGGGUGGAGUGUUCGAGAAGUUUCCUAAACUGAAAGUGUGUUUUGCACAUGGAGGUGGAGCCUUCCCCUUUACAGUAGGAAGAAUCUCCCAUGGAUUCAGUGUGCGCCCAGAUCUGUGUGCCCAGGACAAUCCAAUCAACCCAAGGAAGUACCUUGGUUCCUUUUACACAGACUCCCUGGUUCACGAUCCCCUGGCCCUCAAGCUGUUAACAGAUGUCAUGGGAAAGGAUAAAGUCAUUUUGGGAACUGAUUACCCCUUUCCACUAGGUGAGCUGGAACCUGGAAAAUUGAUAGAAUCCAUGGAAGAAUUUGAUGCAGAAACGAAGGACAAACUCAAAGCUGGCAAUGCCCUAGCAUUUUUGGGUCUUGAGAGAAAACAAUUUGAAUGACUGAAUUCACUACAAAGGCAAUCUUUCAAGAAGAUAUGUUAUUCUUGUUUUUAAAUAUGUAUCACACAUGCAUAUUAAAAUCCUAUUUUGAACUAUUUUAUCCAGAAAUAGAAUAUCCCUGAGUAUCCUAAAUUAUACAUAACAAAAAUGACUCACAUGUGUUUUUCACUCUGAAAAGCAGUACAUUAUUUCACAUGCAAACCAAAAAUGAUUUUCCCAGCACUUUAAAAAUUAAUAGCAGAAAUAAAAUGCAAAAUGUCAUUAAUGCUUUAUAUGGAAAAAGCAAAACUGGAUUCACCCUAGAGGACUCAAGUAGGUUCUCCACUUUGAGCAAGUAUAUGUGCUGAGGGCCCAAAUAACCCAUUUUUAUUCAAUUUAAACACCUUCCAUUGGCCCGUAACUGGUCUGGGAAUGCUUUAGAUGCCACAAACUAAAUGCUGUAAAUAUUUCAUAACCUGUAGGAGCUUAUAGUUCAAAUACGGAGGCAAGUCACAUGUUCAUGAAAUAAUUACUAAGCAAUGCAACGUGAGUGUCACAGAAGUUUCAGUAAAAUUCAUCUGGACUCAAACUUUUGGGAGAAUCUUCACCGAAGUUGGAACUUGGAGUGAGUCUAGAAGGAUGGAAAAGGCUUAUGGAGAGUUGGAGGUGGUAAACAGAUAGGAAGGAAAAACUGUGGGAAUAGAGUUUCAGACUAAAUGACAAUUUAUUCUGGAGAAAAAUUCCAGGCUAUAAUUUACUUUUACCAGAAGCUAUUUUAUUUUAAAAUACUGAGUAGAGCGUGUAAAGCUAGCCGUAGAGACCGAGAGCAGAGCAACACCAGGGUAGCCUUACUCUACUCACUUCAUUUGUGGUCCUACCUGGGCUGCUGAAAAUGAACUUGGAGGGGUGAUAAACAUGUGUUUUGUGUACCUCUGGCUGAAUUCCAAAAUCAAAUAUAAUUUUUCAAAA